AUGGAGAAACCUGUGUCGGGAGGGCUAGAAUGGAGGAUCAAUGUUCCGGAUGGGACGUCAAAGAUACUAGCUCCUGAAUGUAGUUCUUAUUGCAAACCUUGGUUGGCAUUGAAGGGAUUGGUGGGAGGGCUCGUGGCGAGGGUCCUGAAGUUUCUGGAGAAAGCGUGGGCAUUAGGGGUUUCAGAGCCUAAGAAAGUCAUUCAUGGCAUCAAAGUUGGGAUUGCUCUGUCCCUGGUUUCGCUGUUUUAUUACAUGAGGCCCUUACAUGAUGGUGUUGGAGGAAAUGCUAUGUGGGCUGUCCUGACUGUGGUGGUUGUUUUUGAAUACACAGUUGGUGCUACACUAUCCAAGAGCUUAAAUAGAGCCGCAGGCACGUUUCUUGCUGGGUCACUUGGCAUCGGCGUGCAAUGGAUGGCAAGCCAGUCAGGAGAAAAGCUCGAGCCCAUAAUUCUUGGAAUAUCUGUUUUCGUGCUAGCUGCAGCAGCGACAUUUUCUCGGUUCAUGCCACCGGUAAAAGCACGGUUUGAUUACGGGGCCAUGAUCUUCAUACUCACCUUCAGCUUAGUUUCAGUCUCCGGUUAUCGAGUCGAGAAACUGUUUGAAAUGGCGCAUCAUAGAUUAUCAACGAUAGCUAUUGGGACUUCCCUGUGCACUCUCAUCAGUAUGCUCGUCUCUCCCGUUUGGGCUGGUGAUGAACUUCACCGUCUCAUCCAUCGCAAUAUGGAAAAGCUCGCUGAAUCUCUCGAAGGGUGUGUUGCAGAGUACUUCGAGGACAAUCAGAGUGGGAAUCCGAGCGAAGAAGACAAUUCCAAGAAAGCACAAGCAUAUAAAUGUGUCCUAAACUCAAAGGCCACUGAGGAAUCUAUGGCAAAUUUCGCGAGAUGGGAACCUGCACAUGGCCCUUUCAAUUUCCUGCAUCCCUGGAAAGAGUACCUCAAGAUAGGAGCUCUCCUGCGAAACUGCGCUUGCUGUAUCGAGGCUCUCGGUGGCCGUCUCAACUCUGAAAUGCAGGAAGCUGGGCAUUUAAAGGGGUAUUUCAGGGACGCCAGCAUGGCAGUGUGCUCUCAUUCAUGCAAUGUCUUGAGAGAACUUUCAAUGUCGGUGAAAACAAUGACCAAUUCAUCCAAGUUAGGUGCAUCAGUUGCGGAGAUGAACUCUGCACUACAGGAACUGCAAAAUGCCCUGAAAUCUCUUCCUACUCAACUCAAUCUUCACCAGCCACUUCCCAACAAAUCAACUGAGAAUAAGUCCGCCGCUAGGAAAGACUCCGCACCUCCUCUCAUGGGGGUAAUUCCACUGGCAACCUUAGUGUCUUUGUUGACAGAAAUUGCGGCAAGAAUUGAAGAAACUGUCGACGGAGCGGUCAAGUUGGCGGAGUUGGCAGAGUUCAAGGCUUCCAAUGAGGACAAAGCAGCACAAAAUCAGCCCGAUAGCAACAACCGAAGUUCAGAUAACCCGAGCCGCAAAACAUAA